AUGCAGGGGCAUCCCAUAUUGUUAAAUAGAGCGCCUGCUCUGCAUCGAUUAGGUAUACAGGCGUUCCAACCUAUUUUAGUGGAAGGGCGCGCUAUUUGUUUACAUUUGUUAGUUUGUAAAGGAUUCAAUACAGACUUUGAUGGGGAUCAAAUGGCUGUUCAUGUACCUUUAUCUUUGGAGGCUCAGGCGGAGGCGCGUUUACUUAUGUUUUCGCAUAUGAAUCUUUUGUCUCAAGCUAUCGGGGAUCCCAUUUCCGUACCAACUCAAGAUAUGCUUAUUGGACUCUAUAUAUUAAAGAGUGGGACUCGUCGAGAUAGUCCUUUGUGGCUCCGGUGGCAGUUAGAUCAACGCAUUAUUGCUUCAAAAGAAACUCCUAUUGAAGUUCACUAUGAAUCUUUGGGAGUUAAUUCUCCAAGUACCUCUAUUGGAAACACAUCCUUAUGUUCCUCUAAAAGGUUUAAGCCAGUUGGAUAUUGA